AGGAGUACGUGCGGAUGGUCGCCGUGGAGACGGUGGGACAACUCACCCUGGAAGUGCCCAGGCACAAGAAGAGCCUGGUGCGCUUGCUGCACGAGGAUCCGAGUCAGGAGGUGCGACGACUCUGCGACCGGGUGCUGAAGCAGCGCGGCUGGCGGGAACCCGCCUGGAUGAAGAUCCAGCACCCGGCCUGGCGCGAGCGCGUGAUCCGAGCCAAUGCCAACCGUGGCAAAGGAACCACCAAGGGUAAGCGGAGUGAAGGCAAGUUUGGCAAGAUGUACUGGGAGAAGAUCAAGCAGAAGUGAAACUGCACGGAUUUGCUGUCUCAAACCAUCCAACACAUUUCAGACAUAGGAUUCAACCUUGGGAGGGGGAUUUUUUAUGAUGACAGAAAGUGCCCAAGAAUGGUCCUUCUUUCUUCACGUAUUCGUUCAAUGAAUUCCCUGCACCACUUUGAGACAGCUUCGCUGUGGCCAAA